CUACGCUUGAUCAGUAACAAGCAAGCACAGGAAGAGAGAAGAGAUCUUCACGUUUAAAUCCCUCCGUUGCUUCAUUUUGUGCUAAAAGCGAGGCGAUGAAAUUUCACAGCCUUAAGUUUUUAUACUUUUUACUUGUGACCGGUGAAGCUCUUUGCCAAGUUGCAGGUCAUCAAAGUGACCGAUGGAGCUUUAAACGACCCUUUGUAACUCUCGCCAAAAUGGUCAGUCGUCCUUUCUCUUCGAGAAUUUCGUCGAAUCGCAAAAAUUUCGUGAAUUUGAGUGAACACCGGCGUCCGUCUCAACUGAAUUGGAUUUCGGGAUCGUUUCAUUCCUCCUCGACUGCCGCACCUCUUCACAGUUUUGAAAACGAUAAAUCUCACCGAUUGAAUUACCCAGCAAUAAAGCAACCAGUCCAAGACGACUCCCAGCUGGAUGAAUGGGAGCCAAGAGUCAAUCUACCAGAACAACAGUUUCACUCAUCAGUGCUGUCCAAUUCCGCCGGUAACGAAAAAUACAUUCAUCUUCCGAAAAUGUACUACCUAGGAAAAGUGAGACCGACGAAGAAACCCGUGUCUUAUUUUGAGAACCAAUUAAAGGAGUACACUAAGAUAACUGAAACCAACUCGUACCUGAUGGCACUAGAACACUUUAAACUGCGCUGUGAAAUGCUGAUGGACCCUGCCGAUUGCAUGUACUCUAGCCUGUUGAAUCGAAUCAAAUACAACUAUAAAUAAUAAAAUGACGCGACAGAUUUGGGUGAGAGUGUGGCACACAUGUGCGUGUACUGGAGCAUCGCCGACGGGUUUUAAUCUACUAAAAAGAAAUCCAAGAGAUCAAAUAUUUUCUGCAUACAGACUAACGCUAUGUAUAAUAAUCAACGCCGCUUAACUUAAAGAGGGCACUGGGGCAAUGCGCAAAAAAAAGGUUAUUCCUCUUGAUUGCAUAACGGUUCAUUCAAUAGCAUACGGAAAUUAAUGAGCGAUAAUAAGGAAAAAAUCUGCUGGACACAAAAGUAAAAUUGCGAAUACAAAGCAGAGCAAACAAGCGCAAGGUGUUAAUUGUCCUUGUCGUUUAAAUAUUUCUCCAAGAUUUGAUUACAGUUAUUGCGACAUCGGCUGCUGAUGGCUAACUAUAUAAGAAUCGCUACCUUGAAGCAACCGAGGCUGUGUCUUUAAGGAAUCUCAAUAGUGAACAAGUUGGAAGAGAAGGAAGAUAUAAUCGGAAAACCUUGCAACAAACAUCUUAUCGAUUUCUUUCAAACGGACUAUGAAAUUUCCCAGAAUUUUCCAAGUUUUUUACCUCUUGGCUAUUGGAGUAGGAUACAGUUCGUCGUCCUCUAGUAAACUGAGAGAUCGAUGGCAUACUGUAAGUUCUUUUCCAGCCUUGGCUACAAAUUUAAUUCGGAGGAUCGCUUCCUCGAAACAAACACAGGGAAUCAACUUAAGCGAGCGAGACAGUCCAACGGGAUCGAGGUAUGUCAUAUCCGACGAAUCGCCCACUUACAUCACGCCCAGUUUGAGCCCCACUGCUGAUGGCAGAGGCACUUACAAAGUGCGUGACAUGUCAACUGACUGGCUCGCUCAGCACGGAUCACAACUCCCAGAUGUGACUGGUUUAUUCAACGAUCCUUACGACGCCGGUGAAGACGGAACUACCGCUCUUCUUGCGGAUGUUCAUAGACAUUCUUCUCUGAUACAGACAAUCGUGCCGGCACCUCCUUCGUUGUAUCUACCAGCAGUGAUGCGUGAAAUGAGUGACUCGUCUCUGCGAGAGUUAGAAUUCUCAAGAGUUCCAUGCCAAAUGUUAUUGGAAGAUCCUUCUGAUUGUGACGGCUAUAGUCUACUGUUCAAACAAUCCAUCGCCGGCAGCAGCUUUCUUCGAGAGUGUGAGAUAGAUAAGAGCCAUAAUGCAGCACAAAAGACUCGCUGCGAUCCGCUAUUAUUUCCGGCCGAUUUUUCCGAGUACCGUUUGCUCCGGCUGAUAGAAAACUUUCUUUUGCAAAGACCCAUUGUGUUGCUUUCACCUAAUAACAUCGAAUUUACUUUGCGAAAUAUCAAAUAUCCGUUCAAAUCAACACAGUAAGGCGAAUUGAUUUUUUAUUAUUGCAAGUAAUUUAUUAGCUUUUGAGUGAUUUAAAAAAAUAAUAAAAAUAUAGGUCACAGACAACUCGUUGUUGUCGGUUCUUUUGUUCGAAUAAAAAUACUGUAGAAACAUUAGAAAAUAAUUGCUUGGAGUUACAUAUGCACAAAUAUAC